AUGUCGGAUCUUAUUUUAGAUAACUUAACAGGAUACAAAGGAAAAGUAAAGAAGCAAGGAGCUGAUAGUCAUGCCACACCAAAGCGUAGAUAUCAUCAUCCAGUCAUUGAUACAGAUCAAUUUGAAAUCCCACCAGAGAACGCAUCCAAGCUUAGAUUAAACGGUGACACCAAGAUUGGUGGUGAUAAGAAAAGAAACCUUUGGGGAGGAGGAAACAGAUAG